CGUGUUUUGCGACGCACGUUUCCCGCGCUUUAGUUAUCACCUGAUUUUCACUGUUUGUCUUCUCCUGCCGUUUGCCCAACCGACCCUCCGACUCGCUCGCCGACUGACUACCGGACUGACUGACAACUGAUUUGCGGACGGAUUGGUGAAGAUAAGGGACGCAAUGUCGACUGUGACGCGACGCCGACAUCGAAGAGAGCGCGUGUUCGCCCAGUACGCUGUUGUGAUGAUGGGACGGCAGCGUGUGUUCCGUGACCGCUUGAACCCUUUGGAGGAGUUCGAUGAGGACGAACUGCAGGAGCGCUUUCGAUUCGGUCGCGCGGGCAUUGUGUUCCUCGCCGACACACUGCGCCCGGACUUGGAGCGGCCGACGCGUCGCAGCCGCGCCCUCUCUGCAGAGCAGCAGGUCAUUGUCGCCUUACAGUUCUACGCCACGGGGAACUUCCUCAUCACCGCAGGGGACUACAUCCGUGUGCACGUCUCCACUGCUUCGCGGACUGUGAGGCGGGUGACUCAGGCCUUGGCACGUCGUGCCCGAGACUUCAUAGGGUGGCCAGGUGAAGCUGAGGGUCAUGCCUUACAACAGGCCUUCUUUGAGAUCGGUGGGUUUCCUUCGGUCGUGGGUGCUGUUGAUGGCACUCACAUUCGGAUACAGGCACCACAAGUGCAUGAGGAGGUGUACGUUAACCGCCAUCUGUACCAUUCAAUAAAUGUACAGUUAGUGGUUGACGUCUUUUACCGUAUCCGCAAUGUGGUUGCAAAAUGGCCUGGAAGCACCCACGACUCUAGGAUAUUCACCGAGGGCUCGUUGUCAGGCAAGCUGGCCGAUGGCGUUUACGAGGGCCUACUGCUUGGAGACAGCGGCUACACCUGCAAGCCAUGGCUGAUGACGCCCUUCCUGUCUCCGUCAUCAGCAGCGGAGGUCGCCUACAAUGCGUCACAUAGCACAACGAGGAGCAUCGUGGAACGGACAAUAGGCCAGCUCAAGCGGAGAUUUCAUUGCCUCCAUGCUGAGUUGAGGAUGCAGCCAGAGAGAUGCUGCGACAUCACUGUUGCCUGCUGUGUCCUGCACAACCUGGCCAAGACAUACCCCUGCAGCAUGCCAAGGACUGUCCUCCCCGAAGAGGUUCCCGUCGAGCCCGUGGCAGCGGGCCGUGAUGAAAGCAACGAGGCUCGGGAUGCCAUCGUCAGCCAGUUCUUCGGUUGAGCCAGGAGAUUAGCUCCCUCGAGCUGCUGCUGCCUUUCUGUCUCCUGCAAGAAGCGCUGUGAAGCCUCCCGGCACCAACGUCGGCUGUAUGGCACAUUUGUUGGAGCCCGCUGCACCGCCUCCAGCGGCCGACUCUCGUGCAGCACUGCCGCACUUGCUCCGCUCCCAGAGGGACCAGGCUGUGGAUCUAUUCCCCUGGAGCUGUCACUGCGACAAAUUCAUGUGUAAAAAGUGGUCAGGUUUUGUUCUUGUCAGCAUGGGCAAAGAGAACACACUGUGCAAAGUUUGUAACCCUGAUAAAGACACCGAUGCUGCGCCAAAAUUCAUUCAUACGGGUUGGUACAGAGGACAAAGUUUGUGAGCCAAGUUGGUUUAUACACUGACGCACAGGCUUGAGGUCGGAGCGCAGUGUUGUUACUUCUUGCACAAUUGCCCAGUACAUGGUGUAGGAAAAUGUGCAUUUGGUUGUGAAGAGCACACAGCUGCAUUCUAAAGGUUAGAAUGCAGCUGUGUAGCUAUGCGAUUAACAGUUCAUAAAUUUAGUGGUCACAUGUCCAGUCAAACCACAAUGCACUGCACAUUUAUAGGACAACUUCAAACAUUACAGCACAUAGCUUCACUGGCAUUGAUUUUACUCACACAGGUUACCAUCAUGGGGGUAGUUAACUUCCCGACCAGAAUGAAGUUAAUGUUUGAGCCAAUUUUCCUAAGUUGGUAAAACAAGCAACAGGAUGGUUGUACUGUGUGUGAUCUUUUCAUUUGCAUAUUGAAAGCGUGCUAAGUUAGCAUUAAAAAAAAGCCAUUGCCACUUUGUUGCAUUUAAUUUCUAUAAGAUGGUAAUAAACAGCUUUACCACCUGAUUUCUCAUUGCAUGCCGUGUUAUUGCAUGAAUUUGUAGCUUCGGUGAAACUGUUUCAGCCUUGUUGAAAAUAAUUAGAAAUGUGGUAGCGCUGGUGCCUCGUCAGAUCUUAGAGUGCACUCUGGAAGACGGUUUCGUGACUUAUAUUUCGAACCGCCUUUGAGCUUUUGCUGUUGAAAUAGAACUGAAGCCAGAUUCCCGGAACUUUCUUACGACAAAAAAGUUAGUAGCUUUAUCUUAUGACAAAUUUACGAACUUUUAAGUAAUCCCCAAGCACAAAGAUCGUAAGUUUUGCGCAAGCUACGGAUUUCGUCAGAACUUGCGCAAAACUUACAAACAUUUUGCUUCGGGAAUACUCAAAAGUUUGUAACUUUGUUGUAAGAAAGUUUCGGGCAUCCGGCCUCUGGUCUUUAUAUAAAAGUACUCGGCAGUAAUGCCAUUCAAAUGGCAACAUGCCCAUCUUCUUAUCAUCAUUUGUCCUCGUCUUUUAGAACCUCGCCUGGAACGACAGUUCUGCAUUACUGUGACCGGUUCGUUAAAACCAUUUACUCUUCACACAAUCGGGUCUAGAAACCAGUCACCUACUCUUCCGUGUCACCUAUGGUGGCCUCCAACCCGCACAGGUUGGGCGAGUCCUCGCCGAUCACUUCGAGGACGGCCUCGACGAGGGGCGUCAGGACGUGGGGGUUUGGCCCAGCACCUAUGAAUUGAGGCGUAGUAAUUUCGUCUCGACUCUUACUUACUCGAGUUACGAGCAAAAACAGAGGAGGUGGGGUUCACUGUUCAACCAAGUAUGUAAAUGGAACUUUCAUGGGAAAAUUAAAAUAAACAAAUACUGCAUGAGACAUUCUUUUAAACAUUCAUUAACUGCUAGAUAACACUGCUGAAACUGUGGACUGUGUAAUCGUGCAAUUUUUACUUUCUUACAGUUUGGCCUGUCGGCCUCUACCAUUGUGCUCUCUUAUAAUCUGUUUUAAUAUUUUGUCCGAAGUUUUGGGUCUUCCACUAAACUGUUUUACAAGUUCCAUACAGCCUGUGCAGAACUUGUACAUAAACUGGAAUAAAUUGUUUUCUGAUGCUGUAACACUGCUUUUGCUGCUGUUCAAGGAAGGUGAAAAGUCGACUCCCAGCAGAGGGCAAAGGUGAACGAAUAUACAAAUGUCCACAUUCACGUUUCUAGGUUUGGUUGCUCAUGUAUUAUCACUAAAGCAAUGCAAUAUCUUUUGAACUUAAGAACACAAUGAACUUACCGGUGCGCUGUUCAUGCUUCUUGAAUAAGCUGUAGAGUUGUCUAGUCUUUUUUAGGAGGUUUCUCCAGCACUGUUGUAGCUGGUCUGGGGUGCGCAAACAGCCCAUGGCUCUGUAAAUUUCGUCCCAUGCCUGCCUUUUUGUUUGGGUCGUGACCGUAGCACUGAACUUGCCCAUAAUUUGAUGUUUCCUCUCCCCCACUGCCCGAAUUAGUUCUAA